AUGACACCAAGCCUUUGCCUUUAUCUUAUCACAUCAAGCCUUGUCAGUCUCAUCACACCAAGCCUUUGCCUUUAUCUCAUCACAUCAAGACUUUGCCAGUCUCUUCACACCAAGCCUUCGUCUUUGUCUCAUCACUCCAAGCCUUCGCCUUUGUCUCAUGACAUCAAGCCUUUGCCUUUAUCUCAUCACAUCAAGACUUUGCCAGAGUCUCAUCACACCAAGCCUUCGCCUUUAUCUCAUCACACCAAGCCUUCGCCUUUGUCUCAUGACAUCAAGCCUUUGCCUUUGUCUCAUCACACCAAGCCUUCGCCUUUGUCUCAUCACACCAAGCCUUUGCCUUUAUCUCAUCACAUCAAGACUUUGCCAGUCUCAUCACACCAAGCCUUCGCCUUUAUCUCAUCACACCAAGCCUUCGCCUUUGUCUCAUCACACCAAGCCUUCGCCUUUAUCUCAUCACAUCAAGACUUUGCCAGAGUCUCAUCACACCAAGCCUUUGCCCGUCUCAUCACACCAAGCCUUUGCCUCAUCACACCAAGCCUUUGCCUUUGUCUCAUCACACCAAGCCUUUGCCUUAUCACACCAAGCCUUUGCCUUUGUCUCAUCACUCCAAGCCUUCGCCUGAGUCCCAUCAUCCCAAGCCUUUGCCUGAGUCCCAUCAUCCCAAGCCUUUGCCUGAGUCCCAUCAUCCCAAGCCUUCGCCCGAGUCCCAUCAUACCAAGCCUUCGCCUUAGUCCCAUCACCACAAACCUUUGCCUAAGUCCCAUCAACCUGAUACUCGCUUCUAGCCUAUCACCCGGACCCUUGCCUUUAGUCUAUCACACCAGACCCUAG